AUGCGCUUUGCCAGGAAGAGGGACGUCAAGGAGCAGAUUGAGGGCCUCCAGGCCAUCAUCCACCUGCAAGAGCAGGGAAAGAAGCUCUUUGCUCAAGGGGCAGAGGAGAAUGUCGCCAAGAACAAAUACCUCCUGGGCUACCUCCGCGGAAAUGUUCGUCAGGGAGCCCACGAGCUUGACCUGUCUGUCAAGUAUGACCACGCCACCAUCACCCGGGCCUGCCGUGACCGCAAGAGGGAGAAGGUGGCUCUGGCAGAAUACACGGUGGAGCAAGCUCGAGCCACGCUGAGCAGCUAUGUCUUUGGCCGCAUGAACACGCACAACGCCCUGCUCUACGAGGUCAAGCGGCGCGGCAUGCACCUUGAGGAGCUACAGGUCAUCUUGCAGGGACUCGUCGCCCUCGAGACUCCCGGGCCCGAGGCUCAAGCCCAGUUGAAGGAGAUCCGCCGGCUGGAGAACAGCGUGGAGAAGACCCGGGUGCUAAUCGCGACAGCUGAGAACGCCCACAUGCUGUACCGGAAGAUGCUGGACGUGCUGAGAGAUGAAUUGGCUCACCUCCCUCUCAUCCUGGACGACCUGCAGAGACGGGUGGAAGUCUACCAGGUGGAGCUGCAAGGUGUGCGACUCAUGACCCUCGACACGACGGAAGCCAUGGAGGCGGCCCAGGCCGACAUGGUCAAUACGGAGACGGAGCUGGUGGCCGAGAAGAAGUUCCGCGACAACUCGCUCAAUAUCCAGAAGAAGCAGAUCGAGAGGAUUCGCACCAAGGACGCCUCCGAGAGGCACCGCCGGACGCUGCAAGGCCGCCGGGACAUGGACUUCCCCAGCCUGAUGGGCCGCGAGGGGAUGAGAGGGGCCAGGCUGGAAGCUUCUAAGGCUCAGAUCGAGUACCAGGGCCUGGUGACCACCGAAGUGGACAAGAUCAAGGCCGCCGUGCAGUGCUCCCACCUCUGGGAUAUCGCUGGGCGUUUCAUGGCGCAGAAGAAGUCUGAGGAGGACCUGCAGCAGCAGAUUGCCGAGUGCGAAAGACGCCGGCGGGAACUGAAGUCGCACCUUAGGGAGCUGGAGCUCCAGCGGGUGGAGUUAAAAUUCCACCAUGCGCCCGGUGCCCUCAGCUCGCAGAAGCUGGCCGAGGAGCUGGGUGCAGCACUGGAAGACGAGAGCCGGCGCCUGGCCGAGGCGCAGCGCCAGGUUUCCCAGCACCAGGAGCUGCUGCUUCACUUCGAGAACGGCGUCAACAACCUGGCUGUGCGCCUGUGUGGUGUCCACGUGGCCGGGCAGGACGACUUCCGUGGUGAGGCCUGGGACGUCUUCCAGAAGCUCCAGUUUUGCGAGGGGCGGCUGCUUCACCUGCUGAAGGUGGUGGCGAAGCCGCUGUACUUUGACUUCAGCCAGGAGGAGUCCAAUGAGACCUUUGUCCAGGUGAGGAACGUCCUGGAAGAAAGCACCCGGGAGGAAACCCAGAACCUGAGGAUCACCUUCGAGGACGACGAAGACGUCCGGGAGGCCUUCAACUUUGCCGACAUCGACCACAGCUACAUCCCCGGGCGAGAGGAGAUCAAGAAGCAGGGCCUGAAGCUCAUCGGGGACAAGACCAAAGUGGUCAAGAAGAAGCAGAGGGGAGCCUCCAAAAAGUGAAAGAAUGCAAAAUAUUAUUAAU